AUGCCUAUCGAAAUCCCCCAAGCCAGCUCCCUCAAAGACCUAUUCAGCCUCAAAGAUAGGGUCGUGGUCGUCACCGGCGCAUCCGGCCCCCGAGGAAUCGGCCUCGAAGCAGCCCGCGGCUGUGCCGAAAUGGGCGGAAACAUCGCAAUCACAUACUUCUCACGACGGGAGGGAGCCGAAGCAAACGCCAAAGCCCUGCAGGAGGAGUACGGCAUUCAAGCUAAGGCCUACAAAUGCGACACGUCGAAAUGGAACGAAGUGCAGGAUUUGGUCGCGAACGUAAUCGCCGACUUUGGCAGGAUCGACUCGUUCAUCGCGAACGCGGGCCGCACCGCCGACGCGGGUGUUCUCGACGGUUCGGUCGAAGACUGGGAGAACAUCAUCCAGGCGGACCUCAAUUCGGUGUUUUACUGUGCUAAGGCUGUUGGCCCGCAUUUCAGGGAGCGCGGCAAGGGGAGCUUUGUGAUUACUGCUUCUAUGUCGGGCCAUAUUGUCAAUUACCCUCAGGAGCAGACUUCAUACAAUGUUGCUAAGGCUGGGUGUAUUCAUAUGGCUCGUUCUUUGGCUAAUGAGUGGAGGGAUUUUGCUCGUGUUAAUAGUAUCUCGCCUGGAUACAUUAAUACGGGUUUGGGGGACUUUGUGGAUGAGGAGACUCAGAAGGGUUGGAAUAAUAUGAUUCCUAUCGGUCGCCAAAGUGAUCCUAAGGAGUUGAAGGCCGCGUAUGUGUACUUUGCUAGUGAUGCUAGUUCUUACACUACUGGUGCGGAUCUGCGGAUUGAUGGAGGUUACAUUUGUCGGUGA